GUGCUCUCACAGGUCCUACUUGUUAUGCCCCUUCUCUUUGGUGCUUUGCGCUGCUCUUCACUGCUGUUGCCAGUGGACUGCGCUGAUCUCCAUGACCACUAUCCGACCAAGCCCAGUGGGAGUGGGGUGUACACCAUCUUCCCUGGGGGGCCCUACUCCACCCCCCUGAAGGUCUACUGUGACAUGGAGACUAAAGGGGGAGGCUGGACAGUGAUCCAGAGAAGGAUGGAUGGGACUGUGAACUUCAACAGGCCCUGGUACCACUACAAGAAGGGCUUUGGGAAUGAAGAUGGAGAGUACUGGCUGGGCCUGGAAAACAUCUACCUGCUGACCAGGUCAAAGAAGUAUCAGCUGAGGGUGGACAUGGAGGACUGGGAGGGGAGAAAGGUGUACGCUCUUUACCAGUCCUUCAAUGUGGACCCCGAGAUUUUAGGAUACACACUGCACCUGGGCGGUUUCAUCAAUGGAGGAGCAGGUGAUAGCAUGAGUUACCACGAUGGAAGGAAGUUCAGCACUUAUGACCACGACCAGGAUUCAGCCAAAUACAACUGUGCUAAAAAGUAUGAUGCGGCCUUCUGGUAUGGUGCCUGUUUUCAAGCCAACCCCAACGGGGUGUACAGGUGGAAGAAUGAUGACUUAGGGUUUGCUGAUGGUGUUGAGUGGUACCAUUUUAGAGGUUAUGAUUACUCCCUGAAGACCAUCAGCAUGAAGAUCAGACCAUUGACCACUGACACAGUGGCGAUGAGGCCAUCUGGCCCAUAAGUUUGAAGAUUGAGCUCCCCCUCUGGCCUUAAGCCACAUCAGAACAGCAGAAUACCUACGCUGUGUUUUGUCUGUCAUUUUGAAAUCUUCAUUAAAAUUGAUUUUGUGCA